GAGAUGAAGCCGGAGGUGCGUGUCGCCUGUAAGGUGACCAUGGCAGUGCUGUUCAUAGCUCUGCUCGUCACGGCCAUCACUUUUGCAGUGCAGGCUUUUCAACCUCGACCCCAACCCUGUUUUCGGUGUCCGUUCGACUGGAUUGGGUACAGAGGAAAAUGCUACCAUUUUGCGGAGGCUGAGGGGAACUGGACAUCCAGCCAGGACAACUGCUCGGCACUUGGUGCUUCCUUGGCUAUGCUCGACAGCGUGGAGGACUUGAGCUUCAUGAUGAGAUAUAAAGGGAUCUCGGAGCAUUGGAUCGGCCUUUCACGGGAAGAUGAGGAGCAGCCAUGGAAAUGGGUGAACCACUCGCGUUUAUCUCACCUGUUUCGGAUCCGCGGCGGUGGCCUCUGUGCCUUCCUGAGCGACAGCGG